GCCUCAAAAAAUAAUAUUUUAAAUUUCAUAUGGCACUGUGAAACUGUUAAUUUUUCUAUUCUUCAGGCUUUUUUCAGAGCUUCUUGUGCAGAGGAGAGGAAGAAAGAGCUGUUUUCUGCUUUCUUCCCGCAGAAGGUUCUCGGUGACCGUAAGUGAAGCAGAAGAGAAAAAAAUAAACAAUUGGGGACGAAGAACAAGCAACGUAGAGUACAAUAAUAAAAUGGAAGGGUUUCGUGGAACACUUCCUCUUAGCAAAUUCUAGUAGAUCUCUCCCUCUUUACGUAAUCGCGCCUGAUUUUCUUGGCCUGCAGUUCAAGACUUUCUCUUCAAAUCUUUUCUCAGAAUCUCCUCGGUUUUGAUUUGGCAGUUUUCGGGAGAUUUCGCUCUUCUUUAGAAAAAUUGUUUUCGGGGUUUCUGUUGGUGGGGUUUUCGUUACUCGAGUCAUUUUUUCCCGCAAGGGUUAGGGCUGAUCGGCUAAGAAUUGUUACUUGUUUGACGAAAUAAUUUGGGGCGUAUGUCGGGAGUUGUGCCCCUUGUGUAGAGUUUGAUGGGGUGGAAGUGAUAGGGUUAUUCUUAUUUUUGUUUUAUUUCUUUCGGUUGUUCUGUUCGUAAUCGGGCUGUUUUUGAAGAUUGCACUGGUGCGUCGUUGAUAACUAGGAUUUUUUCGAGUCCUUUGGUUUAGAAUUGGUUUUCUUUUGAAGAAAUUUUUAGUGGGUCUGUUCGGAAUUGUGCAGUUUUUGCAGAUUUCGAUGGUGGGUGGGAGAUGAUCGGGGUUUUGCCAAGGGAUAAGGUCUGCAGUCUGGAAAAAAACAAUUUUAAAAUCCAAGUGAGUGUGUUUCUGGCGUUUGAUUUGCGCGUCUCUGCGGGCGUCUCAACUGUGGCAGCGAGCUUCAUCUGACGGUUCUAAAGAUUUGGGUUCAAAAUUCUGUUCUCUACGCAGUGUCGGCUUGGUGAUUUGAUAUUGUAAUUUGUGUGUGUGUGUGUGUGUGGUGGAAGUCUCUUGCUUUGGGGGAUAAGAUGAGUUCUAGUGUUACUGGAGAUUUGGUUCAUGGAAGCAAGCUUCUGGUUCAUUCUGCCGAGAAUGGACACUCGUUUGAGAUCGAUUGCGAUGAAUCCACGCCUGUUGAAGCAGUCCAACGAUUCAUAGAAUCGGUCUCAUGUAUUCACCCCAAUGACCAGCUUCUUCUAUGCAUGGAUAUGAAGCUUGACUCGCAGAGUACCCUUUCAGAGUAUAAACUCCCAUCAAAUGAUCGAGAAGUGUUUUUGUUUAACAAAGUGAGGCUGCAAACUAAUUCACCACCUCCUGCGCCAGAAGAUGUUGACAUUGUUGAAAUAGCGGAUCCUCCAUUGCCUUCCUCCUCUCACAAUCCUCAUCCUUUAGAUGAUGCGACAGACCCUGCUCUAAAAGCUUUGCCCUCUUAUGAGCGGCAAUUCAGGUACCAUUACCAUCGUGGGCAUGCUAUUUACAGUCGAACCCAAGCAAAGUUUGAGAAUUGUCAGAGGCUCUUGAGGGAGGCAAAGGUGCAAGAGAGGGCAGCGGAGGUUGGAAGAGCCAACUUGGAACAGUACUAUAAGAUUGUGAACCAAAACUAUAUGGAUUUCAUGAGGCGUUAUUUUCAACAGCACCGGUACCAUGCUGACUUGCUGGCCAACUUUGGGAGGGAUAUGGAGAGAUUGAAAUCUUGCAAGCUUCACCCCUCUUUACAGACUGCUACCCGCAAGUGCUUACUGGAUUUUGUGAAGGAAGAGAACUUGCGGAAGUGGUUGGAGAGUUGUAGCAGUUCCCACAAACAGUUUGACAGUAAGAUUUCACAAUUUAAGCAGAUGUUUAGUGAUGUGAAGCGCAAAGUUGAAGAUCUGUUGUCUAGCAAAGCUUCUUUGCCUGUUAGGAAUAUAGAAUUGAUGAUCAAGGAACACAUGCGGCAUAUUGAUGAACAAAAGAGUAUAAUGCAGUCUUUAAGCAAAGAUGUGAGUACAGUGAAGAAGCUCGUGGAUGAUUGUUUGACCUCCCAGUUGUCCUCCUCACUCCGUCCUCAUGAUGCGGUCUCUGCCUUGGGUCCUAUGUAUGAUGUCCAUGACAAGAAUCACCUCCCUAAGAUGCAGGCAUUCGAUCGUUCAAUUUCCAAGCUGCUAGAUUUUUGCAAGGAUAAAAAGAAUGAAAUGAACAUGUUUCUGCACCAUUACAUGCAAAACAUAGCAUACAUGUCUUAUGUGAUCAAAGAUGCUAAGUUACAGUUUCAUGUGUUCAAGGAGGCAAUUCGGCGUCAGGAUGAUCUGUUUGUAAACUUGAAGUUGACCCGUGGGAUUGGUCCUGCAUACAGAGCCUGCCUUGCAGAAGUAGUGAGACGGAAGGCUACUAUGAAGCUUUACAUGGGCAUGGCUGGACAGCUGGCUGAAAAGCUUGCAACAAAGCGGGAGUUAGAAGUGAGGAGACGGGAGGAGUUUUUGAAGACACACGGUGAAUACAUACCUCGGGAUAUAUUAGCAUCCAUGGGAUUGUAUGAUACUCCUAACCAAUGUGAUGUCAAUAUAGUGCCUUUUGAUGCCAAUUUACUUGAUAUUGACAUUCCAGAUCUUGACCGUUUUGCUCCCGAGUACCUGGCAGGUUUGCCUUCUAAGAGUGAGAGACAUGGAACUUCAGGAUCAUUUUCCAUGUCUAAUGACAGUUCUCAUUCGGCUGAAGUUGAAGAAAAUCCUGUGGACACUCAGAAAUAUGACUCUGAGGAGCCUCUUGACUGCUGUGAAUUGGUAGAGAUUGCUGGAACAAGUAAAGUUGAAGUUGAGAAUGCAAAACUGAAAGCUGAACUUGCUUCAGCAAUUGCGCUGAUUUGUUCCUUUGGUGCUGAUGUUGAAUAUGAGUCCAUAGAUGAUAGUAGAUUAGAUGCCUUAAUGAAAAAUGCUGGAGAGAAGACAGCUGAAGCCUUGCGUCUUAAAGAUGAGUAUGAAAAACAUCUCCAAUCUCUGCUUAGUGCAAAGCAACUGCAGUGUGUGUCUUAUGAGAAACGCAUUCAAGAACUGGAACAGAGACUGUCUGAUCAGUAUUUGCAAGGGCAGAAGCUUUCUGGCAAUGAAGGUGAAACUUUAGGUUUGAAGGUUGAUGACUGCAAAUCUGAAAUAUCAGGUGAUGGAGAAGCUCGCAUGCCUUAUAUAUCUACUACUGAACCCAUGGAUGAAGUUUCUUAUGCCUCUUGUUCUUUAGAUGGAAAGCUAGCUCUUUUCCCGAAACAAUUGGGUAAAGCCCGAGAAGGGGUGGAUGAGAGCAUGUUGGAUUCAUCUGGAGUGUUAAAUCCACAGUUUGAUUCAUUAGUGCCAGAACAACAACAUGGAGAACUGAAAGUUGUUAACAGUGAAAAGAUUGAUGAGAUGGUGGGACAGGUAGGCAUGAUAGCCACUAACAGUUUCACAGCUGAAAGCAUGUCUGAGCCUCUCAACAACUUACCUUGUGACAAGGCAGUUGAACCUGAUUCUGAUGACAAAAUUAGUGCUGAUCAUGUGUUGGAAUUGCAAACUGUCCUUGAAGAAAAGUCAAACCAAUUGAGUGAAGCUGAAACUAAUCUUAAAGCUGCUAUGGAGGAGGUUGCCAUGCUUGGGAGGGAAUUAGAAAUCAGGAGGAAGCUCCUACAUGAAUCUCAGCAGAUGAAUUGUGCUCACUUAGAGAACUGUCUGCAUGAAGCAAGAGAGGAGGCCCAAACCCAUCUUUGUGCAGCUGAUAGGAGGGCGUCAGAAUAUAGUGCACUGCGAGCCUCUGCUGUGAAAAUGCGUGGCCUUUUUGAAAGACUGCGGAGCUGUGUUACUUCGGCUGGGGUGGCUGUGCUUGCUGAUUCUCUGCGUGCUAUGGCUCAAUCUUUAGCUAAUUCCUCCAGUGACAAUGAAGACGAUGGUAUGGCUGAGUUCCGAACAUGCAUCCAGGUCCUUGCAGAUAAAGUUGGUUUCUUGUCAAAGCAUCGCACAGAGCUGCUUGACAGGUUUUCAAAGGCUGAAGCUGCAAAUAAGCUGCUUAUGAAGGAGUUGGAAGAGAAAAAAGAGAUGGUCAAAACUUUAUACACAAAGCACCAACUUGAGAAGCAGGCAAGCAAGGAAAAGAUAUCUUUUCGUCGAUUUGAAGUCCAUGAAAUUGCUGCAUUUGUCCUUAAUCGAGCUGGAUAUUAUGAGGCAAUCAACCGUAACUGCUCAAACUAUUACCUCUCCACAGAAUCUGUGGCCUUGUUUACAGACCAUCUCCCAGAUCGGCCUAACCAUAUUAUUGGGCAGAUAGUGCACAUUGAACGGCAAAGCGUGAAGCCGCCACCAAAUGCAAUUCGGCUUGAGCAUAAUCGGGGAGAUCGAUUAGAUCCCUUAACCUCUGAUGCUGUUACCAAUCGAUUGAGCAUGAACACAGGACCUACUUCUAACCCAUAUGGUCUGCCUAUUGGCUGUGAAUACUUUGUAGUGACAGUUGCCAUGUUACCUGAUACCUCCAUUCACUCACCACCUCCUUCCUGAUCCUGAUUCAGGCUAAUGGACAUGAUGGAAGAAACUAAGUGUACAUUUGUAAUAUAACCUUCUUGGUGGGAGUUGAAUGUUGAUUUCUUUUAUGUACAGCUAAUGAUCAGUACAGUUAACCUGCCCUCUCCUCCCCUUCCCUCCCCUCCCAUCUGCUCUGUAUAUUGCUAUCCUAAUAUGUAAAAACUGUGAAUAUUUAUCCAGCAUCACCUCCUAUUGAUAUCGUAA